AAUGUUCAUGUUCUGCUGGUCAGACAAAGACAAGUUAUCUAUGGCGUUCAAAGUGCCUAUCGCCGUCAUGUCCUCUACCUCCAUCCGCAGCAUCUUUGGAUGAAGACAAACCCAGCGAAAAUGCCGUAGCCUAAAUGAUCUAUUAGAAACCUGAGGACUUUAUUAUCAUAUCACAAUUCGGUCAGUGAGAUUAAUCUUCGAUUCCUGUGAAUGUGAAAGUUGUGUAAAGUACUGCUGCUUUUUUUCUACGACUGUACGUUUCUUGCGCCUAAGGUCCCUUUAAAAAACUCAACUGCGACUGUCGACACACUUCCUGUGUCAAACUAUAUCUGCAAAUGAUAUAAUGUGCGAAGUUCGCCACGCCUUAUAACAAAAAACACUUAAGUCGUAACAGCUCACGCUGCCGGAGUACGAACGGGACGGAACGGAACGGAACGGAUACGCUCUGCAUGCUUUUAUGCGGCACAUUUAUGCGGUGGAUGUCCGCCUUUGGAUAACUGGCACAGCAUUCGGUGCCGCUUUGGAGUCACCGGGUCACUCUCAGUCCAUUCGCGGACGUGCGCUUGGAUGCCGCGCUGCUUCUGCAUGAUGGGUGACGGAGUGGACGUCCCAGUGUACCACGGAAACCUCAAGAAGAGUGAUUGUGAGGAGCUACUGGGCAGGACAGGGCUGGAUGGGGCUUUCUUGAUCCGGGACAGCGAGACCAUCCAGGGGGCCAUGUGCCUCUGCGUAUACAAGAAGAAGGUUGUGUACACCUACCGGAUUCAUCAGACUCAUGACGGACUUUACACCCUGCAAACUUCCCCUGGGGUGAAGGAGAGGUUCUUCAAGACAUUGGAGGACCUAAUCAAGUCCUACAGGAAGAGGAACCAGGGCCUGGCCACGAGAUUACGGCACCCCGUCAUGCCAGAGUCACUCUCUGCUGGCCCCAGCUACGAAGACAAAAGUCAGGAUUAUGAAAAUGUGAUGGACAGUUCGGAGUAUGUCAUCGUCCUGCCAUCCUGAGCAAAUCCCCUCGCAUCUGUGCUGGUGGAUCUAGAAUCUGGUAACUUCUACCUGAGUGACUCUGGACUUUAAGCUUUACUUUGUGCCCGACUGGACUGAGACUGAAAGCAGGGACUGAGCUGAGGAUAUAUGCGUAUCCCUGGAGGACACUUUUAAAAGCUUCUCCUGUGCCAUCAAGUUGAAGACCUUUCUAUAGAUGUCAAUGUACAUUAGCAUAAUCCCUAUUAUAACGGCAACACCUGCUAUCUUACAGUUUAUUGUAUUAAUGUUUUCUUCAGUGCUGCUUAUGACCCACACAGCAUAGGAUAUCACCUCUCAAUGAAGACGUGUGCCUCUCAUAAUGUUAUCUCUAUUGUGUUUUAUACCAGUUGCAGGAUUUCUGUUACACUUAUUCAUUGGCUAUUUAUGGUGUGUUUUACUGUAACAUAGUUGUUCUGUGUAGUGCAUUUAAAGGGUUGUUGUUUGUUUGGAGAUUAAAUUUUCUUAACAAGAAUUCAAUAAAAACAACACUUGAAUUGA